GGGAGAGGUGCUUGCUCGCUCACCUGCAACAACUUGUGAUUAACUUCCUUAUUGUGAUACAAUUUUUACCAACCAUUCAAAUAAUGGCAAUGACUUGCAAGAUUCUGUUUGUGUUGACACUAGCAACAGUCAAGAGCCAGAUGUUGGAUCACAUACAUCGUGAUUUGGUUGCUAUGAAUGCAUCGUGUUCAGAUGAGGAGUUUUGUGAUGGUGGUAAUUACCGGAGUGAAGAAAACUGUUACUGUGAUGAUCUGUGCGCGGAGUAUGGCGAUUGUUGUCCUGACGCCGUCCACUACAAACGGGAAGAUCAGGUCCGGCCAGAGAGGUACAGGUGUGUGAGUGUGGGUUAUCGCAGCGUUUACAUGAAGGACACGUGCAUGUCAGGGUGGCAGGACGAGGAGGUAGCCCAGCUGUGCCUGGCUGGCUCCCCGGCAGAUAUCUCCAGCAGCAGGGACCCGCUGGCCCACCUCCCCGCCACCAGCAACACCACCUCCGUCACCUACACCAACUACUACUGCGCCAUCUGCAACAACGACUCCCAUCACCUCACACUCUGGACCACACAACUGGAAUGUGACCCGGAAUAUUAUCCAGAUCAGCCGGAUAACUUAACCGAAUACAUAACUUCUCAUUUAUUGUUCGCAAACGGAAAUGGGAGAGCACGUAUUCCCUUAAAUAAUACAGUUAUAUUUAAGAAAUGUAAUAUUAACAUUAAAUUCCCUCAUAUUCCUGUUAUUACAAGGGCAUGCUACUCCACCAUCAGGUCGUGUGCGGAGAACUGGACGGACGCUUCUGUUGCUGCUCUGUGUCACUCUUAUACGGCAGUGAGGUAUGUGGGAGACUUGGCCUAUAGGAACCCCCAUUGUCUUCUGUGUAACUUGCAACAAUUCUCUAACGGUCAGUGUCGGCUCUUACUGCCUAUUCAAUAG